AUGUCUGCCCACCCCCAGCCUCUAGCUCCUCCCUCUGCAGCCAGAGUCAGCACCAUUAAGCGGGGCAGAAGACAACGAAUCUGCUCACUCACCGUGGCCACCGUUGUGGAGCUCAGUACUAAGGCCAACUUGGGCCUGGGCACCUGGAAGUCUACCCCAGGCAAAGUCAGAGAGGCUGUGAAAGUGGCCACUGACAUAGGAUGUCGCCACUUGGACUGUGCUUAUGCCUACGAGAAUGAGCAUGAGGUGGGGGAAGCCAUCCAAGAGAAGAUCUGAGAGAAGGUUGUGAAGCAGGAGGCCAUGGAGGAACUGGUGGACGAGGGGCUGGUGAAAAACAUUGGGAUCUCCAACUUCAACCACUUCCAGAUUGAAAGGCUCUUGAACAAACCUAGACUGAAAUACAAACCAGUGCUUACCAGUGAUGAGGAUUGUUCCCUUUUACAGAUUGAGUGUCACCCAUACCUCAGGCAGGAGAAAUUGAUCCAGUACUGCCAGUCUAAGGGCAUCACUGUCAUGGCUUACAGCCCUCUGGGCUCUCCAGAUAGACCUGGCCCAUGGGUAAGACAUGAAGACUCGUCCCUACUGGAGGAUCCCAAGAUUAAGGAGAUUGCUGCAAAGCACAAAAAAUCCACAGCCCAGGUUCUGAUCCGGUUCCAUAUCCGGAGGAACAUGGUCGUAAUUCCCAAGUCUGUGACGCCAGCAUGCAUCGCUGAGAACUUUCAGAAAUUUGUCUCUCAAUUUAUUGGCUCGUCAUGCAGCGAGCAGUACGAGUUUGGACCUGUACUGAUAGCUUUAAGAGACAAGAAGGAUGAAGCUGAACCUUCGAGGAUGCCAGCCAGCGCAUUGGAGCACCUGGCCACCUGGAAGGAGAGAGACAAGAGGGCCGACUCCAUCUAG